GGUGGCCUCAUUACACAGCCUCCAGCCCUCUUUCGGCAUUGGUUUUGGCUUUACUUUACUUUUUCUUACUCUUUUGACAGCUCUCUCUCGUCUAUUGCGUCUUCUAAAACCACUAAACCUUCUUUGUUUCUUUCACUGUCAUUCCUUCUGAGAAAAGGGUACCACUUAAUUCAUACGUAGAGGGGAAAAGCGAUCAACUUUAUUUUUGGGUCUGUACUUGAGUGGCUCCUCAAAAUGCGUAGCUUCAAUCCCUUAAGUUUUUGAGGGUUUUGCUCCUCAAUUUUCCUCAUUUCGGCAAUGGACAGGAUUUGGGUCGGUUUCGCUCUCGUUUUUGUUCUUCUUUUUGGUGGGGUUUCUUCCGCUUCAGCUACGCCUCCUGCAGCAAAAAUUGUUCGAGGGGUUCUUUCUAAUGUGGUUUCUUCUCUUGUGAAGAGGUUAUGGUCGAUGAAAUCCAGCGCCAAAACUGCCGUUUCCAGCCGUUCGAUGAUGAAAUUUGAGAGUGGGUAUACUGUUGAGACGGUGUUUGAUGGCAGUAAGCUGGGAAUUGAUCCAUAUUCGGUUGAGGUAUCGCCUAGUGGGGAGCUUUUGAUCUUAGAUGCUGAAAACAGCAACAUCUAUAAGAUCUCUAUGCCAUUGUCUCGAUUUAGCAGGCCUAAGCUGGUUUCGGGAUCGGCCGAAGGAUACUCGGGACAUGUCGAUGGUCAUCCAAGAGAGGCAAGAAUGAACCAUCCAAAAGGAUUUACUUUGGAUGCAAGAGGAAAUGUGUACAUUGCUGAUACUAUGAAUAUGGCUAUCAGAAAGAUUAGUGACACAGGGGUUACAACUAUUGCUGGUGGAAGAUGGAACCAAGGGAAUGGUCAUAUUGAUGGUCCAAGUGAAGAUGCAAAGUUCUCAAAUGAUUUUGAUGUCGUUUAUGUGGGAAGUAGCUGCUCUCUUUUGGUUAUAGACAGAGGAAACAGUGCAAUUCGAGAGAUUGAACUCAACUACGAUGAUUGCAAUACCCAAUAUGCUGAUAGUCUCAACUUGGGGGUUGUAUUGCUGGUUGCUGCCGGCUUAUUUGGUUACCUGCUUGCGUUGCUCCAACGUAGAGUGCAAGCUAUGUUUUCUUCUCCACAGAAGGAUCAGGACAUAAGAAGUCAUCAAAUGAUGAAAGCUACACCAGUUGCCCCAUACCAAAGACCUCCUCUGAAGUCAGUGAGGCCUUCCUUGAUUCCAAAUGAAGAUGAACCAGAGAAACUGGAGGAAGGCUUCUUCGGUUCGCUUGGGAGGCUAUUUGUCAACAGCGGUUCAUCUGUGGCCGAUAUCUUCGGGGGAUUGUUGUCAGGGUUUCGAAGGAAGCCUCUCAAUAACCAGAUCCAUCAGCAGUUUCAACCAGUUAACAGACAUCCAAAUGCUUGGCCCUUGCAAGAAAGCUUUAUGAUUCCAGAUGAAGACGAGCCACCAUCCAUCGAAGCGAAAACUCCGACAAUAAAAAAAACAUAUCCAUUUAUGACACAAGACCUCGAUCGAUCACACCAGUUCAAGCCAAACAGGAGCUACUUUAAUGGGUGGGAUAGUGAAUUCCAUCAACAACAAAAACAGCAGCAGAUACAGCAUAAUCAUCAACAGCAGCAUAUACAACAUCAUCACCAACAGCAGCAGCAUAUACAACAACAUCAUCAUCAACAGCAGCAGCAUAAUUACAAUCGACAAUAUUCAGCUGGCCCAACAACCUACUAUGAGAAGAGUUGUGAGACAAGCGAAAUUGUGUUCGGUGCAGUUCAAGAGCAAGAUGGACGUCGUGAAGCAAUGGUCAUCAAGGCUGUUGAUUAUGGAGAUCCGAGAUAUAACCAUCACAACAUUCGAGCUCGAUACAACUAUACUGGUAACCCCAACUCUUAUUGACAAGAAAUAGAACAUAUAUCAUACUUUCAGUUAGUAAAUUGGGGAAUAUGUGGGGGGUAGACUCAGAAGUCAGGAUAUGCUUUGUUUGUUUGUGCCAAAGUCCAAACCAUGUUGUUGUGGGGAGGAAUGCUGCUAGUCUUGAUAGAGUUCAUGCAUAAUGAUAUAUGUUGUAUGCACAUCCUCAGGUUGAAUUCAAAGAUACUUAUGCUUGUUAA